AUGGUAUUUUUUGGCUAUGUCGUGACGGGAGGAAAUCAACACCGACGUAUUCCAGGAGACCAGUGUUGUGGAGGUGAUUCUAAAGUGUCUAAGUAUUUAGACUCACGGCAACUCUGUAAAAAUGCUUCGUGGUACGAAUAUGGGAUGAACUAUGACUAUGAGGCUAAAUUUGCAAAAAAGAAUGCCCGUAGUAAAGCUGCAGUAUGGAUAGUCAUUUCUAUGCUUUUAAUUUUGAUUGUGGCCGCGGUAUACUUCGGCAGAAAAUACUGGAAGGUCCACAAACUCCGGCCCUCCUAUCGUUACUCUAAACUUUCUCAAGACGACGACGAAGAAAUGGAAGGCUCUGAGAGUUUCAAGUAUGAACCCAGACCCAAAGGAUUGCGGGCCUAUCGCGAUUGCGAUACUAGUGAUGAUGAUGCAGCGAUGAUCGACUUGUAAGCCUGAUAUGGAAGGUUUUUAACACUAAGAUGUACAUAUAGUUUAAGCAUUAUGAUGGUUUUAGCCCAGGAAACUCUGGAAAAAUGCGUGUUAUCCUACGCAAUAGUAGAUUUAAAGGGAGGAUCACCGUUAGUGUCUGAGCAACUGCGCAUCUACCCCUCCCUUAACCUUGUAAUCAGUUGAAUUUUGUUCAGAUUAGGGGAGGGGUGGUUAGGUGUGUAGUUGUUCAGCUACCGACAAGGAUCAUUCCGUGGAUCAUAGAGGGAUGAAGUAGUUGUUAGGACUAGUUAUUAACUAGGAUAUUACUAUAAAGCGUUCAAAACAAAGAUGUAGGAAAGUUUCAAAAUACCUUCAUAAAGGUCACUAAAAAUCUCACUAUUUAUGAACGCAAGAAUCUUAGCUUGAUUGAUUGAUAUGGUUGUUUGGAAGCUUGGCACAGAAUCAUGUACCUUGCGUACAAAAUUACACAACUGUGUAUUUAUGAAUCUAUCACGAAAUGCAAACAACAUGAUAGCAAGCCUAGCUUGGGUAUUUAAAGUGUAAGGUUUAUUUUGGAGAACAGGUUUGUGAAUAAUCAUUAUCUGCGUGUAAGUGUAUAUUUUGAUAAGUACCGUAAAUCCUUUAUUAAUCCCCACCCCCCCUCUAAUAAGCCCCACCUCUUUAGAGGAAGAAAUUUAAUUUGAACAAAAAUUUAAAAUAACACUCCAUGACAGCAAGUACGAUAAACUUAUUCAAGUACCGUACAUCAUAGCCUAUUGUAUCCUGGAAAUGAACAUCGGGCUAAAUUAAUAAGCCCCCCCCCCUCCACUUAUAAGCCACCCCCCUCCCCCCACAAAGUACCUGAAAUAAAUAAGCCCCCGCGGGGGCUUAUUAGACGAUUUGCGGUAUAGUAGUUACUCAUCAAUGUUAUUGGUUAGCUGUGAUGCUUUUUUAAUGUAACAUGGAGCAAUUUUCAAUUGAGCGUCUUCAGCAAUCUGGGUAAACAUCUCGUCAAGAAAACUCGCGCUUGUCUUCAACUAAUCAGAUGCCAGGCUAAAACCAAACGUGACUUGGUCACUUUCGUUUUCCCGCCCUUCGGUCCGGUCGCAUUCUCGUUGAGUUCUCAUUGAUUCCUCGAGAUAUUUGCCUUGCGCUGAUUGGCCGUCUCAAUUUCUUGGGUUUGGCUUUAUGACACUCAAUCGUUAAAGGCCCUGAUAUACUCUUGUUGAAUGCAAUGGGAUGGCGUUACAUCCCUUUUUUUCAACAGUGUCACGCAAUGUUUGUGCAAUUUAAAAGUGCAAUAGAAGAAUAUCUCAUUAAACAGACCGAGGUUCUCUGCCUCGCUUUUUUCUAACAGACUCUGACUCGCGUGACAAAAUUUUCAGAGUAUUCUAAUGUUGCUAAGCAAGUUUGGAAAAGACACAAUUUUUUUUGAAAAUAAAGUUAUUACUGUUUUAGUUGCUA